AUGACAGAGCAGAACGCAAUCGCCGCAGAGCAAACCAUCGAGGUGGAGGUAAUGCAGAACCAGAUCUCCGGGAUUGCAGACAGGACUGAGCAGACUCGUAGGAUGACGCUGAUUCGGCGCUCGGAUCGCAGCGCAAGCGAGACCGAGUCGCUGAGUAGCUUGGUCGUCAAGUUUGAGUAUGAGAACGGACGGCGAUAUCAUUCCUACCAAGCAGGGCAAGACUAUGCGUUCCCAAACGACGAGGAUGAACUCGCGCGCAUGGACCUCGAGCACCACAUCUUCCUCCUCCUGCUCGACGGCGAACUGCACCUAGCACCCCUAAAGAACCCACAGCGCAUCCUCGAUCUCGGAACAGGAACCGGCAUCUGGGCGAUCGAUGUCGCGGACACGUACCCCUCUGCAUCAGUCAUCGGGACCGAUCUGUCGCCUGUGCAGCCAUCUUUCAUCCCGCCGAACCUCGAGUUCCAGGUCGACAACUUCGAGCACGACUGGACGUUCCGGCAGAACUCGUUUGAUCUCAUUCACACGCGGCUGCUCCUUGCCAGCGUCUCGGAUUACCCGAAGCUCUUCCGGCAAGCGCUGAGCGCCCUCAAACCAGGCGGGUACCUCGAGAUGCACGAACUGGACCCAGGCUUCGAAUGCGACGACGACUCGAUCCCGGAGAACAGCAGCGCGCUGAAAUGGUCGUCUCUCUUCUUCGAAGGGUGCAAGAAGAUCGGACACGCUAUCCCCGCGCCAUCGGAAUACAAGACCCUGAUGGAGGAGGCGGGGUUCGUCGACGUGCAGCUGAAGGUCCUGAAGCGACCGACGAAUGUGUGGCCGAAGGAGAAGAGUAUGAAGAGGCUUGGUCUUUAUACCCUGACGAACCACUUGAACGGCCUGCAUGCGUUCACGAUCGGCCUCUUCACGCGGGUCCUGGGCUGGACUGCGGAGGAAGUGGAGAUUCUGAUUGCGAGGUGUCGGCAGGAAUGGAAGGAUAGUUCUAUCCAUGCGUAUCAGCGGGUGAUAUUUAUUUACGGGAGGAAGCCUGAGAGUGUCUGA